AUGAAGCCCGUCGUCUCCGCCUUGAACGCCUGGUCAUGUGUCAUUAUCUCCCUUUUCGCAAUCGUCAUCCUCUCAGUUCUCGGCUCACUGUACGGUAGCAACAACACUUCAUUCACCGGCUCAGAAGGCGAACCAGAAGAUGGCCCCGCAGUUGCUGCUUCUAUUUAUACCGCUGUGAUCGUUUACGCUGUUCGUCGCUCCCCCUCUCAUUAUCGGAUGGGAUUAGCUGUUGCACGAGGAAUCAGUUACUGA